CGCGCCUAGAUGUCGUCACCGCCAGCUCUGGGGGCUGGAGGACAGAGGAGCCCUUUCCGUUGCCGGUGCCGGCCUACCGCCCUGGAAAUACUUCGCUGAAUGACUCGCCUUUACCAGUCUCAUCUCGUGUCUGCUUUGUUAAGUUCCAUGAUCCGGACUCGGCAGUUGUGGCGCAGCAUCUGACAAACACUGUAUUCGUUGACAGAGCUUUGAUAGUCGUACCGUAUGCUGAAGGAGUUAUUCCUGAUGAGACUAAGGCUCUGUCUCUGUUGGCACCAGCUAAUGCAGUGGCAGGUCUUCUGCCCGGUGGUGGACUCCUCCCCACACCCAACCCACUUACCCAGAUUGGAGCUGUUCCACUGGCUGCUUUGGGAGCUCCCACUCUGGACCCUGCCCUUGCUGCCCUGGGACUUCCUGGAGCAAACUUGAACUCUCAGUCUCUUGCAGCAGAUCAGUUGCUGAAGCUUAUGAGCACCGUUGAUCCCAAGUUGAAUCAUGUAGCUGCUGGUCUUGUUUCACCAAGUCUGAAAUCAGAUACCUCUAGUAAAGAGAUAGAGGAAGCUAUGAAAAGAGUCCGAGAAGCACAGUCCCUGAUAUCUGCUGCUAUAGAACCAGAUAAGAAAGAAGAAAAGAGAAGGCAUUCAAGAUCAAGAUCUCGCUCCAGGAGGAGGAGGACUCCCUCAUCUUCUAGACACAGGCGAUCAAGAAGUCGGUCAAGGAGGCGAUCACAUUCUAAGUCAAGGAGUAGACGGCGAUCAAAAAGUCCAAGACGGAGAAGAUCUCAUUCCAGAGAGAGAGGUAGACGGUCAAGGAGCACUUCAAAGGCUAGAGACAAAAAGAAAGAAGACAAAGAAAAGAAACGCUCCAAAACACCACCAAAAAGUUACAGCACAGCCAGGCGUUCCAGAAGUGCAAGCAGUUUGCACGUUUGUAAUUUCAGAGAAAGACGGCGACGAAGAAGCAGGAGUGGAACAAGAUCUCCCAAAAAGCCUCGGUCGCCUAAAAGAAAAAUGUCUCGCUCCCCAUCCCCUCGAAGACAUAAAAAGGAGAAGAAGAAAGACAGAGACAAAGAACGCAGCAGAGAUGAAAGGGAACGCUCCACAAGCAAAAAGAAGAAGAGCAAAGAUAAGGAAAAGGAGCGGGAGAGGAAGUCGGAGAGCGACAAGGACGUGAAACAGGUCACACGGGACUACGACGAGGAGGAGCAGGGCUACGACAGCGAGAAGGAGAAGAAGGAGGACAAGAAGCCCGCAGACGCGGGCUCCCCCAAGGCCAAGGAGUGCUCUGUGGAGAAGGCGGCUGGCGAUGCGCUGAGAGAGUCCAAGGUGAACGGGGACGAUCACCACGAGGAGGACAUGGACAUGAGCGACUGAGCGCCGCACCGGGCUCCUGCUGCGCGCACCGGUGUCGUCCCUCUGUGACCGCUCGCUCGCUCAGCGCUGCGUGCACGUCUCCAGCCCAGGCGUGCACGGCUCUGAGUGACAAGUGGUUACAGAGCUCCUGAUGGUGACCUUCAUGAUUUACAUCCAGAAGCGUGUAGAAAAGGGUACCUCGGUAACCAGCUCUGGUUGUGGUGAAAUCUGGUGGGGUAGCCCGGCGGUCUCACUGUCCCGGGGCUGCUGCGUCCCAAAGGCGACAGCUGCAUGCGGCCACAGCAGGCAUGGAUCGUCUCUGUUGUGUGAGCUCCCUUCUUCCGUACGUUCACUUAUAGUCUCUAGAAUUUGGUUCAUUGCCGUAAUAGAGCCAUGUAGGGAAUGCACUGAUUGCAUGUUAUUGUGGCAAGAAUACCCUAAAUGUCAUUACAGUCCUCCAGCAGGACGGGUCUCUUCUGGUCUUGUUUGUUGACAUGACGAAAUAACAUUCUUAGAGUUACAUCUGGAAAUGAGCAUUUGAGUAGAUAAUCCUUGAAGCCAUGUGGCUCAAUUUUUGUGGCUUUUGUUUAACUUUGAAAGGUUAUAUAUGCACUAACCUUUUUUGAUGGCUAAUUAGGCUUUAAUUACAAAAACAAGAUUUCACAUAAAACUGUCUUUGGCGGUGAGGAAGUGAGCAACAUAUUUCGAGGUAGAAUUGUAUACGUUUUCAUAGGUGUUGGGGAAUUUUUUUCCUGAAAUAAUUGACUCCACCUCUGCAUCAGUGAGAGUUACCGCCUCUCCCGAGUCCACCUGUAAAAGAAACUUCUCUCGUCCUGAUUUUCAAUUCUCCACUUUCACUGUUUCAAGCUCAGUGUUGGAAAAAAGGGGAUAGUGCAUUUUAAAUUGAUCGUCAUAUACUUUUAAAACAAAUCGACUUGAUAAUGUACUUUUAUUUGAUCUCAAGUUGUAUAAAACCAAUAAAUUUGUGUUCUUAUUACUGCAGUAGUAACCUUAAUGCACACGGUGAUAAUCUGCGAAGUAGUUAGGCAACUGUUUUCUUAGUUACAGGAGUUCCGAGCUUCACUUUUGUGCAGUAGAACAAAAGUAGGCUACAGUCUGUGCCAUGUUGCUGUACAGUUUCUGAAAUUGUUUUACAAGACUUUGAUAAUAAAACCCUGAAACUUAUGUUCAUGUUCCUGUAAAACCGCAUUUGUAUUUAUUUACGCUGUUGAAUGUAUGACAUUUACCUCAUUUUACAGAUCUCAUUUCUUUCCCUUGCUGCCCACAUUUGAAUACAGUUAUGAGACGAAAUCUCCCGCCGCGGAGACCGCUGCCCGUAGCACUGUCAGUGUCGCUUCUGUCUGAAAUCCUCUCUCUCUCUCUUUGGAUGUGGGAACGGGGUUGGAGAACGCAGUGAACUUCUAGGAUAAACAUGCUGUCACCCCCAAGUAGUAAAUUUAUAUUUUCAGUGAAAUAUAGAUAUUUGCCUUUUCUGAGAUAGUCUAGAAGAUGUCAAUAAUCUGUAUGUACUGUACCAUACUAAAUAGUAUAUUUAUUCACCCAGUCAGUGAGGAGUGUUUGGGCAGCUGGGCUUAACAGACUUGGAAUUGUAGCUUCUCUCCAAGUUUUGAGUAUAAAUUGGUUUUUUCAAAACCUGUUCUAAAAUUGAAAUGCCAUAUCAAAAAGCAGUGUUUUUAUUACAGUUUGUAGUUAACUUUUUAAAGAUUUUUAUCAACAGGACUUUUCUCUAGAGCAAGUGUAAGGAGUUCUAGUCAUGGGCGGAAUAAUCACUGCAUUUUUAAACAGUUGGAUGCAAACAUUUGUUUAAAUUUCCGAGAACAUUUUUCAGUAGACAAAGCAACAGCAUGGGAUGUGACCAUUUUGUAAGUCAAGACCAUGUAAAACAGUGUCACCUCCUGGGAUGGACCUCGUUCAGAGGCUCGUCCUCGCCGGUCACCCCAAGUGCAGACACGGUCACUGUCUGGGGCCCUGGUGAGCGGCCGCAGAGGGGAGCCUCCUGGCUUCCAGCGACCGUUUCCCGCGCGGCGCUGGCGGUGCAAGGGGACAGCCUUCCGCAGGAGAGAACUGGAACCGACUGAACACUGCCCCCAGAGUUCUGUUCUGUAUCUGCUAGUAAGCGAUUUUAAAAUAAAAGUGGUUUUGUUAGAAAAA